AUGUCACCUAGGGGUAAAGCUGUUAUGGGUAAAACGAUAAGAGGAUUUGCAUAUCAGCUUGCUAAAGAAUAUGGCAAAUCUUUCCCAGAAAGCUGGACAACUAAUGAUAAAAGUGGUUUCACCACCGUUCAAACUCCUGCAGAAAUUAUAGCACAGAAGGGUGCCAAACAAGUCGGCUCUAUAACGUCAGGAGAAAGAGGAACAUUAGUUACAAUAUGUUUAGCCAUCAAUGCUAUAGGCCAUAGCAUUCCACCAUUUUUUAUUUUUCCAAGAAAACGAUACAAAGAUCACUUUAUUCGUGAUGGGCCUAUUGGAUCUAAGGGUGUGGGAAACGCAUCGGGUUGGAUGCAAGAGGAGGAAUUUUUAUCUUUUUUGGAACACUUUAAAAAAUAUUCUAGUGCAUCCAAUGAGAAAAAUGUCUUAUUAAUCUUAGAUAACCAUAGCUCUCAUUGUUCAAUUUCCGUUAUAAACUAUUGUCGCUCCAAUGGGAUUGUUAUUCUAACACUUCCACCACAUUGCUCGCAUAAACUCCAACCAUUAGACAAAGCAGUUUAUGAACCAUUGAAAAAGUUUUAUAAUGGAGCUAUUGACACAUGGAUGAGAAAUCAUGUGGGCAACAAUUUCAGAUUUAUGAUAUUCCAGGAGUGUUAA